AUGAAUUUAGCAAAUCAGAAGAAUACACAUAUUUGUUCAAGACUCGAAACGGAAAAUAUGCCAUCUACCUCAAAUGAUAUACAAGCUGCAGGUUCAAGUCAGUGCUUGGAGGAUUUCUUAAAUUAUAGCUAUAUAGAAAAACAUGUUCAUAAUAUUUCAACAUUAGUAAGAAGGAGCGAUCCAACUGGUGAAAUAACCAAUACUCUCAAAGCAUCCUUUAAAAUAUUUUUAGAAGAACCACUUCUUAAGUCGUCGGAAAGCGUUUUAAAAUUCUGGGAAGAAAAACAGCUCAUAUAUCCACAAUUAUAUCAAUUGGCGCGUGUUGCAUUAAGUGUACCAGCAACGCAAGUUAGUGUGGAAUGA